AAAGCCCAGGAUGGCAAAUAGACAUUUUCUAAGAAAGUGCGUUCCAUGGAAGAGCAGAGAACACAACCUUGACAUCGUCGCUAAGCCAUACAUUAAAGUCCAAACGUGGCCGACUUAACCAAACUUCCCCUUUCUCUCUCUCUCUCUCUCUCUCCCUUUGAAAAGAGAAUUCAAUCCACCGCAACAUUGUCCUGGCCUGGCCUUUUCCACGGAACUUUCACACGAAAUCCCUCAAGCCGCUGUAGAUUUGCUUACCUAACAACUUUCGUGUCCUUUUCCGCUGUUGGGUCUCGCCGGAAUUUAGGAAACUCGGGCUCUUUCUUGUUUCCAUCGAUCAAACGGGUCCGAGUAGCUUGUUGUAGCUAGGCAAUGGAUGCUGAAGCAGAGAAAGUCUAUGUUGCUAUUGGGAAUGAUUUACAAGAUGGAUUCAAGACCUUGGAGUGGGCGCUUAGGAAAUGGAAUUCUCUUCCGAUCUCCAUCGUCAUUCUCCAUAUAACUUACAACAUGUCCAUGGAUUUUGUUUACACCCCAUUUGGGAAGCUGCCGGCAAGCGUUGUGAGUGAAGAGAAACUAGAAGUUCUUAGGAGGUUCGAGCAAGAAAAGAUUGAUAAGUUCCUUUCCAAGUACAUAGCUUUCUGUGGCAAGGUAAAGGCUGAGAUAUUGAAAGUCGAGAAAUAUGAUGAACCUAUUCAGAAGCUCAUUCUAGAUUUGAUUUCUGGCCUCCAAAUAACCAAACUAGUCAUGGGGUUUACAUUCAUGAAGUCCUCAUCGUGGAAAUCAAAGAACACGAUUAGUCGGUCAUUUUACAUUCAUCAGCACAAGCCCGAAUUUUGUGAAUUUUACAUAAUUUGUGGAGGAAAGCAGGUGUUCCUCAGAGGACACAAUGAUGAAGGAACCAUGGAAGAUGAUGAAGGAGUUAUGGCUGCAAAUAUGAGAGAAAAGGCUUCUCUCAGAGGUUGGCUUGGAAGACUGUUUGCCGAUACUCCAGAUAGAAAUUCUCGUAGCUCAUCCACUUUGCAGUCACCCAAUUCACAAAAUGAGUGGGAAAGUCAUGCCCAAGAAAUUGAAAGCUAUUUCCAGCAAUUGUUGUCUUCAGAUUUUGAUGGAGAUGAUCCUGCCCUGGAGAAUGACGGUUUCCAGAUCAGCCCAGAGUCAGAUAUGUCGGAAAACACUUAUGCCAACAUGAGUCCCAGAGAAAAAAUCGAAUCUCUAAGAAGUAAAAUCAGUGAAGCCCAGCAGGAAAUCCAGUUGAAGAGAAAAGAAGCCAAGGACAACAUUGAAAAGCAUGCAAAAGCUAAAUGGGUCAUUUCUUUAAGCAUUCAUCGGGCUGAAGAACUUGAAGCUGGGAUAAAAGAGGAGGCUAAAAAUCGAUCAGAGUUGGAGAAAGAAUUAGAUGCUGAAAAAGAACAGAUGAACGAAGUAAUAAACGACAUUGAAGAAAGCAAGAGCAGGCUAAGCUCACUUUUACAGCUCCAAACCGAGCUCUCUAGCAAGCUUCAGAUGUCCACAUUGGCAAAGACACACUCAGAGACCCAGCUGGAAAAGCAAGUGACGACAAGGGCGGAGAUGGUUAGGGAGAUCGAGGAGCUGCGGCGGCAGAGAGAUGUGCUCAACCGGAGGAUUGAGUUUUGCAGAGAAAAAGACGCCAUUGGAAUGGCUACAAAGCUUGAUGAAUUGAGAUGUGGUUUUAGGGAGUACACGGCCGAGGAGAUCAGAUCAGCCACUGGGGAUUUUUCAGAGAGUACGAGGUUGAAAUCUGGAGGGGACUGGACCAAUGUGUAUCGAGGGCGCAUGAAGCAUGGCACAGUUGCAGUCAAAAUGCUCACUUCAACCUCUGACAUAUCCCAAGAAGUUUUCCAAGCUAAGGUGGAUCUACUUGGCAAUAUCCGACACCCGCAUUUGGUUGCCAUGAUUGGCUUGUGUUCCGAGCUAAAAUGCAUUGUGUUUGAGUACAUGCACAAUGGUAGCUUACGAGACGUGUUAUCUUCCUCCCACACCCGCAGAAGCUCUGGGCAAAGAAACCGGGCCCUCGGGUGGCAGGAUCGGAUCCGAAUUGCCACCCAGGUUUGCUUGGGCCUGAGCUUCCUCCACUUGGUCCGGCCCAGGCCCAUUGUUCACGGCAGCCUCACCUCCUCCAACAUCCUCCUUGAUCGCAAUCGUGUGGCAAAGAUCAGUGGUUAUGGGCCCUCAGAGGCCCAUGAUGAAUGCGACGUGGGAGUGGAUAUUCGGGGUUUUGGGGGUGUAAUGCUACAUCUUCUAACGGGGAGAAACUGGGCCGGUUUGGUUGAGGAGGCAAUGGCAAUGGGCAGUGCAGGGCUGGCCCAGGUUCUGGAUGAGGUGGCUGGAGAUUGGCCGUUGGAUCUGGCAGAGGAGUUUGCGGGGUUAGGACUGAGGUGUUUGUCCAAUACAGGGUUGAGCAUGACAAGGGUAAUGGAAGAGCUGAACAAGAUGAAGAACAAGAGUGAUGAGGUAAUGGGAAGAGGCGGAGGAGGAGGAGGAGGAUCUGGGCCUGUCAUCAAUGGAGGUGACUCAUAUGAUAUACCCAGAGCUUUCCUCUGCCCCAUUUUUCAGGAUAUAAUGAAGAACCCGCACGUGGCAGCGGAUGGAUUUUCAUAUGAGCAAGAAGCAAUAAUGGAAUGGCUAGAAAGGGGGCGUCAUACGUCACCCAUGACAAACUUACGUCUCAACCACACACAGCUCUCCCCCAACCACGCCCUUCGUUCCCUCAUUGAGGAUUGGCAAAAUAACAUUUUCACUACUGCCUCCCUACAACUCUAAACCCUUUUUUUUUUGGGUCCCUGCAAUGUUGUUGAAGAGAGAAGAAAAAGCACACGGACCACCUCUUCAUAGUGACUACGAGAGCACCAUAAAUAAAUAAGAUUUUACUUUAGAUUGGUUAAAUGAGAUGCAAAAACUUUGUUAUGUAUGACUACCUUACGCUCUAUCGCAUUGCAUGGUGACAUUGCUAUGUCAGCCUAAAAACAAAUUUGUCCAAAUGAAUUCCUCUUUGUUGUUAUUAAGAAGUGGCCACAUAGUCACCCCUAAUUACUCCUUUCGGAAUAAGGGUCGAGGGUAGUGCCAAACAAAAGAAGAUUUGUACAAACUUUGUUGGCCGACGUAAAUCUAAAAGAUAGAUCUAUAGGGUCUUUGAAAGAA